UAAUUUGUACAUAAUAUAAUAUAUUAAAUAAGCGUCAAAAAUAAUGAAAACCAAUUUAUAUAUAAUCACUUUAUAUAAAUCAGAAUAAGGCCUAAACAAGUAUACUUUUGAAAUUAUUUAAUUUUACUCUUAUCAAAUACGUUUCUUUUACAAAAUUCCAGAUCAAUUUCUUAUACAAAAUAUAGUAUUCAGAGUCCAUAAUUUAUUUUAGCUUAAGAUUUUAUUAAAUGUUAAUAACUUUAAUUUUCACUGAAAUAUAUCAAUACCUGUUAUAGUAUUUAACCAAAAGAAAGAAUGUGAAAAAAUGUAUUUUGUUGGUAUUUAUUUUUCAAGUUAUGAAUUUUAUUUUUUAUUUUACACUUUGGUAAGAAACGAAGAAAUAUUACUUCUCGUUGAAUGUAUUUUUAACUCGGGUUUAAAAAAUCGCAAAUAUUGAUUUAAUAAUUGAUAGUUAUAAGCAAAAUACACUAAUAAAACAUGAAAAAGUAUUAAAAAUUUUCUGAAUGCCUUAUUCUCUCUUUGAACAUUAUGGUCUUAAACACCGUAGAAUAUUAUGAAUUAUUUAAAAUUCACAAAAUUUUGGGGAAAUUUAUAUCAGCAGUUGUUGAGAGAUAUCACGCCCUAACUUUUGCUCUCGCACGGUAACUUGUACUGUCGUCUGCUCGGAAAUAAAAAACAACAACGACGUCCAUCGGACCAACUGUCAAAACGCGCGCCGGACAGUCAGUGUGUCUUGACUCUUGGCUCGAAUAAGUCACACAUAAAUCGUAAUUGUCGUUCAAAAUGGAAUACGGUUUUUGUGAUUUAUGUAUUAACGAAACAGAAAAUUUAGAAAAUCUUAGAAGGAUUUUAAGAAAGCUCUAUCAGAGUGGUUACAAGACAAUUGCUCUGAAUCAAAACUUUGAUGAGAACUUGCUCAACACUGUUGACAAAAAAAGGAAGAGCAAUGGAUUACCGGCUAUACCUGAGCUUGAACCCAUUGAUAUAACAGAAAUAAAAGAAGAAUUUAGUGGAAAAUUAAAUAUCUUACACAGGCUGACAUUUUAUUUUUCAGAUGCAAUGAGAAUGCACACAUUGAAUCAGCUGUCAGUCCUGAACAAAUAUGAUUUAUAUGCUAUUGUUCCAAAAACGCAAGCAGCUCUGCAAAUGACAAUAUCACAGGUCAAUGCUGAUAUAAUUUUAAUAAACAAUGACUGCUCAGGAAUAAAAUUGAACAGGAGUUUGUACAAUCAAGCAAUACAACGGAAUAUGUUCUUUGAAAUACAGUAUUUAGAUGUAAUUAGAACAAAUACUCGAAAAGAUACAAUGUCUCAAUCACACCAAUUUCAUGCUUAUGGAUUGAGUAAAAAUAUUUUCAUUUCAAGUGGGGCAAGUAACGUGUUACAUACAAGAAGUACAUAUGAUGUAGUAAAUUUAGCUAGAGUAUUAGGAAUGGAUGAAUAUAAAGCCAAACUUUCAAUACUUCAUCAAAGUCACAAUGUUAUUUUAAAAGGAGAGCAACGCAAACGUUCCAUGGCACCAUUUAUGAUUGAAUUUGUAAAUAUGGAGGAGGAAAAUGUUGAUAAC